ACAAAAAAACAAUAUCAGAUUUAUAUUGGUUAAGUACUGGUACCAAGAGCAACGACUUCUGAGUCAAUGGUAGAGAAAUAACAAGUGUGCCCUCAAGCCCCCUCCCUCACCAGUUUCCCCAUUUGCAUCGCUAGGAGAGAGACGGUAGACAACCAAAGAGGGAAAAUAACUAUGCCGAUCGGAGAAGCUGUGUUGUCUGCCUUCAUGCAGGUACUUUUUGAGAAAGUGAUUACAGCUGCUAUUGGUGAGCUGAAAUUCCCUCCAGAUGUCAAGGAGGAGCUGCAGAACCUAUCGAGCAGCCUGUCGACAAUUCAAGCUCAUGUCGAAGAUGCUGAGGAGCGGCAACUGAAGGAUAAGGCCGCACGCAGCUGGCUUGCCAAGCUCAAGGAAGUCGCGUAUGAGAUGGAUGACUUGCUUGAUGAAUAUGCAGCUGAGGCCCUCCAGUCCAAACUAGGAGGUCCGUCCAACCAGGACCAUCUGAAGAAGGUUAGGAGCUGUUUCUCCUGCUUUUGGUUGGACAAUUGUUUAUUUAACCGCAAGAUAGUGCAGCAAAUAAGGAAGAUCGAGGAGAAGCUUGAUAGGCUUGUCAAAGAAAGGCAGAUUUUUGGUUCGAACAUAAUUAGUGGGACUGAAAGGCAGGAGAUUAAAGAUAGACCCAAGACAAGUUCACUGAUUGAUGACUCCAGUGUGUUUGGAAGGGAAAAAGAUAAAGAGACCAUCGUGAAGAUGUUGCUGACUCCUAAUAACUCAAAUCAUGCCAGCCUUUCCAUUCUUCCCAUAGUGGGUAUGGGGGGACUAGGAAAGACCACUCUAACACAGCUUGUCUACAAUGAUGCAAGAGUAAAGGAACACUUCCAUUUAAGGUUGUGGUUGUGUGUUUCUGAAAAUUUUGAUGAGAUGAAGCUUACGAAGGAAACAAUUGAAUCGGUUGCGAGUGGGUUCUCGUCGGCCACAACAAACAUGAACUUGCUUCAAGAAGACCUCUCAGAAAAGCUUCAAGGUAAAAGAUUCCUUCUAGUCCUUGAUGAUGUAUGGAAUGAGGAUCCUGAAAAAUGGGACAGGUAUCGCUGUGCUUUACUUACUGGAGAAAAAGGAAGCAGGAUUGUAGUUACAACACGAAACAACGAUGUGGGGAAACUAAUGGGCGGGAUGACUCCUUAUCAUCUAAAGCAGUUAUCAGACAAUGAUUGCUGGCAGUUGUUCAAGAACCAUGCAUUUGUUGAUGGUGACUCCAGUGCACACCCACAAUUGGAAAUAAUAGGCAAGGACAUCGUGAAGAAGCUGAAAGGCUUGCCACUAGCUGCAAAAGCAAUAGGCAGUUUAUUAUGUACCAGACACACAGAGGAUGAUUGGAAAAACAUAUUACAGAGUGAAAUAUGGGAACUGCCAUCAGAUAAGAACAAUAUACUGCCAGCUCUCAGAUUGAGUUACAGUCAUUUGCCUGCCAUACUGAAGCAAUGUUUUGCAUUUUGUUCAGUCUUCCCCAAAGAUUAUGUGUUUGAGAGAGGGAGAUUAGUUCAAAUCUGGAUGGCCCUUGGGUUCAUUCAGGCUCAAGGAAGGAGAAGGUUGGAAGACAUUGGAGGUAGCUAUUUUGAUGAAUUACUAAGCAGGUCCUUCUUCCAACACCACAAAGAUGGAUAUGUGAUGCAUGAUGCCAUGCAUGACCUAGCCCAGUCUGUCUCCAUCGAUGAAUGCAUAAGGCUGGAGGACCCUCCAAGAAGCCCUGUAAGAAGUGCUAGGCAUCUGUCAUUCUCUUGUCAUAAUAGAAGUUGGACUUCAUUUGAAGCUUUUAUUGAAUUUAAGAAAGCUCGCACACUUCUACUGCUAAAUGGAUAUAAAUCGAUGACAAGUUCUAUCCCCAAAGAUAUGUUCUGCAAGCUAAAAUACCUCCACGUGCUUGAUUUGCACCGACGAGACAUAACUGAGCUGCCAGAGUCUGUUGGAAACUUAAAAAUGCUUCGAUAUUUGAAUCUUUCGGGCACUGGCAUAACAAGGCUGCCCUCAUCCAUUGGUAGACUCUUCAGCUUGCAAACACUAAAGUUGCAACACUGUCAUGUAUUAGAUUACCUGCCAGAGAGCAUAACCAAUCUUGUAAAUCUGCGAUGCCUAGAAGCAAGAACAGAAUUGGUAGCUGGCAUAGCUGGAAUAGGGAACUUGACUUGCCUUCAACAUUUGGAAGAAUUUGUUGUCCGUAAGGACAAAGGAUACAAGAUCAGUGAAUUGAAAGAGCUGCAGGGGAUCACUGGACAUAUUUGUAUCAAGAAUCUCGAGAAUGUGGCUAGUGCGGAAGAGGCAAAUGAAGCUUCGCUAAGCAAGAAGACAUACAUCAACACUCUGCAUCUUGUAUGGUCUGAUAGGAGGCGCUUGACUUCAAAAAAAGCAGAUAAGGACAUGCAGAUACUUGAAUACCUCCAACCACAUCAUGAACUUAGUGAGCUUACAGUCAAGGCCUUUGCAGGGUUCUACUUUCCAAGUUGGUUAAGUAGACUCACUCACUUGCAAACCAUCCACCUGUCUGACUGUACAAACUGUUCAGUUCUACCAGCGCUUGGAGUGCUGCCCCUACUCAAAUUUUUAGAUAUUGGGGGCUUCCAUGGAAUUAUUCAGAUCAACCAAGAGUUUUCAGGAACCAGUGGAAUUAAGGGGUUUCCAUCAAUGAAGGAACUUGUAUUUGAAGAUAUGUCUAAUCUAGAAACGUGGACUUCUGUUCAAGACGGUCAGUUGCUUCCAACGCUCACAGAACUUGCGGUGAUUGACUGUCCACUACUAGCAGAAUUCCCAUCUUUCCCAUCAUCAGUAGUGAAGCUCAAAAUUUCUGAAUCAGGAUUCACUAUUCUUCCAGAAAUACACACUCCAAGCUCUCAAUUUCCACUGUCAUUGGUAUGCCUACAGAUUCACCAGUGCCCAAACCUUACAUCCUUAGAGCAUGGACUGCUUUGCCAGAAAUUGUUGGCGCUCGAGCAAUUAAUCAUCACAGGUUGUCCAGAAUUAACUGACCUGCCAGCUGAAGGAUUCAGAGGCCUGACUGCUCUUAAGAGUAUUCAUAUUUAUGAUUGUCCAAAGCUGGAACCACCCCGACAGCAUAGCUUGCUGCCCUCCAUCCUUGAAGAUCUGCGCAUCAGUUCAUGCUCCAAUCUAAUUAAUCCUCUUCUUCAAGAGUUUCAUGAGAUCUCCUCAUUGAAAAAUCUCGCCAUCACUGAUUGUGCCAACCUUCACUAUUUUCCAGUAAAGCUCCCUGCCUCUCUGCAAAAGUUGGAGAUAUUCCAUUGCAGCAACCUGAGAUACUUGCCUCCUGGCCUAGAAGAAGCAUCAUGUUUAACAGCUAUUACCAUAUUGAAAUGUCCUCUUAUACCAUGCUUGCCAGAACAGGCCCUCCCACAAUCACUGAAAGAGUUGUACAUCAAAGAAUGCCCGCUGCUAACAAAGAGUUGCCAGGGAGAAGAUUGGCAUAAAAUUUCUCAUGUACCAACCAUAGAGAUUGAAGAUGAUAGUAUGAUGACUGAAUGGAGCAUAAGAAGAAGAUUAUCCUGAAUGCAUCAUGACAAUACGGCUGAGGCACUUAUAUACUCCCUUCUUGUGUUCCAUGCACAUGCUGCAACAGCGUGAAUGGGUCAACAAUUACUUAUGUGCAUUGCGCGAAAGGAACUUGGAAACAGCUUUCCACCUUUGUGUGGCAUGCCCAGUCACAAGAACAAUCUGGGAGGCAAUCGGGAACUAGGCAGAUUGCAAUUGUUUCAAGCCAAGUUUCUGGGAGAGGUACUCAUGUAUUAUUGACUGGUUCCGCGCUUUCAUAGGAAGAACCGAAACCGGAGUGCAUUCGCUGGCAAUUCUCACCAUUUGGAGUGUUUGGAAGGAGCGAAACAAGAGAAUUUUCAGAUGGCAAGAAAUCUCCAUACAAGCCCAAGUGGGAGGGAUCCAGGAUGAAGCGAGGAAUUGGUGCUCGGCGGGCGACAAAUUGCUUAAGCCCCUAGUUGUAAAGCUCAUUAGCGAGUAAUCAGUUACUUUUAUUUGCCCAGCUUUGUGGUCUGCAAGGCAGGGACUUCAUUGCGCUCCUUGUGCAUGUAAUUCUAACUUCUCCUUAUUAAUAUAUGCUGGCAAGAUUAUGUCCAGGUCUUACUAAAAAAGCUCCCUAUUUCGUCUAUUUUUCAUCAUGUUAGCACACACUUAGGUUUGAAUGUAUUUUAUCUAUCACGCCACAAGCAGUAAGAACAAUUCUAUAAACCAGUAUCAGCAGCAUUGUAGUACAUGCAAACUUUGGGCUUGAACACAGCACAAUACCUUAGAACGACACAACUGGAGAACUAGCCAUUUACAGUAUAACAAAGAAACGAAAAUGAACCAACAAAGACAACACUGUUUACCACUACUAUCAUCAAAGCAUAAUGUUUCAUGUUUUUGAAAAGUUCCCUGGUCAGCAACUGUUUAGUUCAGAUCACCCACCAUGGCCAAAUCAUAUCUUCUCAGGAAGCAAAAAAAAAAAGAAGAAGAUUUUUAACUGUGUUGCGAGCAAAUUAUUCAUGCAUGCAUGCAUGCCUAGCAACAAGUUUACAGAGUAUACUAUAUUACUAUCCAGGGUAGUAACAUAUUUGUCCGGUACUUGAGUAUUGAAGCUAUUGGCUAAUGCAGCUCUCUUGUUGACUAUGUAAGAUCUGUCUAAAAAGGAUUUAGAAUUCUCAUUUGUAUACCUUCUUUUCUUUAUUUACAUAUCACCAUUUGGACUUUGAAUGUCUUUAAGACAAUCCUGAUGGAUUGUUAGGCCAGCCUGAAAUUUGUAUUGCAGAAACGAGAGCAAGUUUGCAGGAAAGCAGAAAUUGAAGGGUGGAGCGGGACAUCGAACGACAAGUUAUCAGCCAGUAUAUUUCUGACUACACUUAUCCUGAAAUUUCCACCAAUUUUCUCUUCUUCUUCCUUCAGAUUGCAGAACACCAGAAUUUCAAAAAAGAUAUCGCCUGGUACUCAGCUAGUCAAAUGUGAUUGCAACUUUGAAGAGCCCAUUACCCAAAAUUUUGUUGUAAAAAUCCAUUUUACUCCCCGUGUUCACCAAAUUCAUUUCCCCAAUCCCCUUGAUGAGAAUGAACGCGUCUAAGUGUAAAUUUGCAAUACAGAGAUUUUUUUACCACUACUCUAAUUUAACUCUCGAGGGGGGUGGUGAAUCUUCACCUAUAAUCUGGGAAGAGAAAACAAAGGUGAUCGAAUCGUGACCCUCCCCAGUCCCCAAAGCAACUGGGGCAUGUGUGUGGCAGCCAGUAGCGCCAAAAGAAAA